AUGGGUGAUUAUUUAAAAACAGGAUCCAUUAAUUAUGAUUUAGAAAUUUUUAAAAAAAAACCUGAGAAGAAAUUAUCAUUUGAUAAACAGAAUUUAUAUCUUCAAGGAUAUGGAAGACAAUGGGGUGAGAAAUUAGUUUAUAGUGUUGGUUUAGCAUAUGGUUCAGGAUUAUUAUUAGGUGGAAGUUGUGGUUUAAUUAAAGGUAUUAUGAAAGGGGGUAAAACAAGAAAACUUUUUUUGAAUUCAGUUCUUAAUUCUACAUCAGUUAUUGGACCAAGUGUUGCCAAUCAAAUGGCUUCAUUAACAAUGAUAUAUUAUGCAUUAAAUAAUAUAGUAAAAUUAUUUACAAAAAAUGAAGAAGUAUAUAAUUCAACUAUAUCAGGUUUUUUAGCUGGAUGUAUAUAUAAAAGUUCAGCGAAUUAUAAAAUUUUAGGAAGCUAUUCUAUUUUGUCAUCUGCUAUUUUUUCCUUUAUAGAUUAUGGCUUUAAAAAAGGAUAUAUUUAA